AUGACCAGCCUGUUCCGUCGCAACGGCGGCAACCGCGGCAGGGGCGGUGGCCCGCAGGGGGGCGGAGUCUCUGGCGCCCCGCCUGACCCGAACAACAGCCGACCGCCACAGCAAGUGCGGCGGCUGGAGUUCAACCAGGCCAUGGACGACUUCAAGACCAUGUUCCCCAGUAUGGACCACGAGGUGAUCGAGUGUGUUCUGCGCGCCAACGACGGCGCCGUCGACUCCACCAUUGACCAGCUGCUGCAGCUGAGCCUGGACGCCCACAGUAUGGACGACAGCUCCGACUCUGAGGACAGCAUCGCCCCCGAGAUCCUGGAGAGGACGCUGGAGCCAGACAGCUCGGACGAGGAACCUCCACCCGUGUAUUCCCCGCCUUCCUAUGACAUGCACAUCUAUGACAGGAAGCACCCAGCCGAUAUCCUGCCCGCUCCGCCCCCCAGGUUUGAAGCCCACCCCCCUCCCGGGCAUCGUCAGGUCAGUGGCUACAGGAACUGGAACCCACCGUUACUAGGCAACCUCCCAGAUGACUUCUUGCGGAUUCUGCCUCAGCAGCAGGACAGUCUGCAGCGUUCUCAGAGCGACCUGUCUCAGCCUUCCUCUUCCUCGUCAUCCUCGCUGUCAUCCCUUACGCAGUGCUCAUCAGCAUCCAGCAGCGGGGCGGGCGUGGCCUCAGAGCGGGACAGGAAGCUGAGGCAGUACCUGGAAGACGAGCGCAUCGCCCUGUUCCUGCAGAAUGAGGAGUUCAUGAGAGAGCUGCAGCGUAACAGGGAUUUUCUGCUGGCACUGGAGAGAGGAGGAAAUCAUUGUGUUUCAGGUUCCGUGGAGGUCUGCAGCGCCGCGUCGGACGACGCCCUGUUCCGUGACAAACUGAAGCACAUGGGCAAAUCUACAAGGAAGAAGCUCUUUGAAAUUGCCAGAUCUUUCUCUGAAAAAACACGCAGGAGAAAGUCCAAAAACAGGGCUCACCUAAAACAUCCUACGCUCCAUGACCCUGGCCUCAGCCUGAGCACAGCUACCUCCACUGCCAACCUUCUGGAGGACGUUGAGGGACCUCCGGCAGAGGACGAUGGCCAGCCCAGGAGGCCGGGAGCCCAGAAGAAGGACGAGCUGACCAAGGAAGUAGUGUCAUGAGUGAUUUUUCUUUUCAUGUUACGCCCCUGCUGUUCUCCCUGGUUGUGGGACGAGCUCCGGCUCCUCCACCCUCAUUAUCCGGUUGGGCCUGCAGCAAGCCUGCUGAUCCGAGCGCGGAAAAACGCGCACCGUCCGGCCGGAGAGACCCCCCCCCCCCCGCACCCCGGGAGAAAAUGUCGCCUGCUUAAGAUUCCUUCGUUUACACAUUGUCAUCGUUCCGUUCACAGUAAUCACGACAUCGUGGCAUUUAGAUGGAAGCUACUGUGCAUGUCCGUGCGGUCUGAUACGUGACCGGGGGAGGGGGAGACUCAGAGGCGCGCGCUUGCUGGCGUCACCAUUCUGCUGAGACUCAGGGCUCCACGCACAAGCACAAACUCCCUGUCCAUGUUCUCCACACUGCUGCACCAUGGGAAUUCUGUCCAAACUCAGGAGCAUCAACAUGACCAGUAUAGCUUUUGUACACUAACACAAAUUGUCGAUGUGUGUGCAUACACACGUAUAUGCACACACAUCGACGAUAUACAUGUGUGAGUGCCCUCUCGUGUAUCAACGUAUGCUGAACCUCCUCAGUCCCAUUCUCCUCAUCUGUUAUGACCUUAAGACUUAGUAAAGUGUGAUCUGAGAGCGCCCUCCUUUCUGUGUUGAACUAUAGAUGAUUAUUCUGUCUUCACCAUAUUCCACUGCACUCUUAGUGCAAUCUGGGCCCUCUUUGUAUAGUUACUUUACUUCUUUCUUAAACUAAAUUAAUUUAAAUUAAAAAUAAAUUGCCUUUUAAAACAU